AGAAAUGUGUACAAUAUUAUCUGUAAAAUAUGUUAACAUAUCUGUAUCCUUUUUUCUACCCACCACUAGUGUAAGAUGUAUAAACCUAAAGAGAACCGUAAAAUUACAUGAUUACAGACUAGUCUUUAGAAAACAGAAUAAAACGGUAUUGUCAAAUUCUGUAAAUGUUUUAAUAAUAAUAUAAUUUGGUUUUUAUUAAUUUAUGUGCAUAUAUAAAUGUUUUACAUUUUUCUCUGAACUUUUCAUGGACCCCCGAACACCCUUAAGGCCCCCUGAACCCCAAUUUGAAAACCCCUGUUAUAGAUUAACCAAUGGCUUUUCAGAAAAAUUUAAACACUAAAAAAAGGGAAACACAAAACAAUUACAACAGCAAAAAUCAUCAAAACAGUUAAAUAAAUAAAAAAAUAAAUAAAAUGGAAAAAGAAACACAAAAAGCAACAGAAAUUGCAGUGAAUGAAUUAUAACAUGGCCUAUAAACAAUGUGACAACAUGCCCCGACCUAACAUACAUUGAAAAACUAUAUCAAAAAUAUGUUUAAAUUUUAGCUAUGGGGGUUCUUAUAAUUAAAAAAAAAAAAAUUAAAAAAUCGGCUUUCGACUGAAAUUUAGUGAGAUACUGUGACAACUAGCCCCGGUUUCCCCUAUUCGUGCUCUAUGAACUUCGAAUGGACGCACGGUGCUGUCGCGUAGCCGGUGUCUGUGAUUGGUCAGCACCUGCUCACCUCCUUCAUCCAAACUGACAUGAGUUGGAGGAAAUAUAGGCAGCAUCCACCCCCACGAUCCUCACUUCGCGUCUGCGCUGCUCCCUCCACCGCAUGUGCUUCAUUCUCUAUGGUAAUGCUACAGUGAUCCGAAGAUAUUCGCAGUUUUACACAGCGUUAUCAUCAUCCUCACGAGACAUGCGUGUGCAACUGACUAUAGGAGUGUUGAUAUUGUUUUUGGCGGUGCGACAAACACACGCGACUGAUUCCAGCAGUGCUCAUGACACCUCACAAGAGAGAUCGCUGAACAUCCAGAAGAGAAGACUGUCUCUGCAGAACACAGCGGAGAUUCAGCAGUGCCUAGUGAACGCGGGUGAUGUGGGCUGUGGGAUGUUCGAGUGCUUCAACAACAACUCCUGCGAGAUCCGCGGACUACAUGACAUCUGCAUGACAUUCCUCCACAACGCAGGCAAAUUUGACUCCCAGGGAAAAUCGUUCAUCAAAGACGCGCUGAAGUGUAUGGCUCAUGGACUGCGCCACAAGUUCAGCUGCGUCAGCCGCAAAUGUCUGGCCGUGAAAGAGAUGGUGUUCCAGCUGCAGCGCGAGUGUUACGUCAAACACAACCUCUGCUCGGCCGUGAGGGAGAAUGUCAACGUCAUGGUGGAGAUGAUCCACUUCAAGGACCUGUUUCCUAAAGGGCCCCACGUGGAGUUGGUGAACAUCCUGUUGGGAUGCGGCGAGGAGGUGCGCGUCGCCAUAGGCCAACGAAUACGAACUCAGUGCGAGCAGAACUGGGGAGCUCUGUGCGGGAGUCUGAGUCUCUGUGCCCUCGGUAAGGUGGAGAACCAGGCCAGUUCCACCCUCGCCCCUGUCCCAGACAUCACCACCCCACCGGGGGCCAACGGCAACUCCCUCCCUCCUGCAAGCCUGCUUCUCCCCGAGGCUGAUGGGGAAACAGUUUGGACGCUCACAGAAGGAGAUGAAGAUGAACAUCAGUCCUCAGGUCCUCAAGACAACGCCUCUGAUGUGGAAAAAGAGCUAAAGAGGUCUCAGAAUGCCACCAAAAGGAGGUGAAGGGAAGAGGGGCCUCGGUGCGUUUAGCCCACACAUAGCCUACACUACAGGUCAAAAGUUUGGAAUAAUUACGGGUUGUUGUUUUUUUUAAUGUUUUUGAAAGAAGUCUUAAAUGCUCACCAAGACAGCAUUUAUUUGAUCUAUACUGAAAUACAGUAAAAACAGUAAUAUUGUAAAAUAUUAUUACAAUUUAAUUACAAUUAUGCCUCUUUUCACAAGAUGUAAUAUAAGUCUCAGGUGUCCCCAGAAUAUGUCUGUGAAUUUUCAGCUCAAAAUACCCCACAGAUCAUUUAUUAUAGCUUGUCAAAUCUGCCCCUAUUUGGGUGUGACCAAAAACACGCCGUUUUUGUGUGUGUCCCUUUAAAUGCAAAUGGGCUGCUGCUCCCGGCCCCCUUUCCAGAAGAGGGUGGAGCUUUAACAGCUCACACUUCGGUUGCUCAACAACAACAAAGCUGGAGAAUCUCACGCAGCCAAAAUGAGGAUUGUCAGUAACGGUGUUCAGCCUUACAUUGUUCAAACCGGAGUCGACACUGAUGGAGAGACUCAGGAAGAAGUUACAACUUUUAGAAUGAAACUGGACGUUUCUGAAUGGUUAGUGGAUGAAUUUAUGUAGUUGCUGUGGAGUUGAUUCAACUCAUCGACUAGCAUGUGCCGUCAUGUUGACCUUUUGUGCAAAUCCAGCAUUGAAUUGACCCUCGUUUGUGAAGCAGUCCGGCGUAAAAUGACGGCAUGACAACAACACUCUACUACAACAACUCUUCCUCUUCUCUAGAGCAGCCCAACAUGGCCUCAUCCCCUUUGUUGCAUGUUCUCGGAGGUGGGGUUUAUGUAAAUUUUAGGGUUAGUGAUGUCACUAACCCGGGAAAAAGCUUGUUGUAGUUCCUACCAGCCGUUUGUUGUAGUCCUUAAACAGAGAAUUCUUUAAAAGAAAAUAUCUCCCUUUGCAUUGAACUUUGAGCGUCGUAACUUUGCAGAUGUUGUUUAUGCUCAAACAGCAACAUUACACACCAACUAAAGUUAAAAAAGUGAAAUCAUAUUCAAAGACCCCUUUAAAAGAACUUUUUUUUCAAUGUGAAUAUAUUUUAAAAUAUAACAUUUUCAGCAUCAUUACUUCAGUGUCACAUGAUCCUUCAGAAAUCAUUCUAAUUAUGCUGAUUUGCUGCUAAAUUAUUAUUACCCAUCGUUAUUGGAGCUAAAUUAUUAACAGUUCUUAUUAUUUUUAAUGUUGAAAAACAGUUUUGAAAACAUACUACAUUUUUUGAUCAAUUUAAUGUGUCCUUGCUGAAUUAAAGUGUUAAUUUGUUUAUUAAAAAAAAAAAAAAAAAAAAA